GAGACAGGCACCUGGGAAAAGCCAAAAGUAAUGCCCAUGCCGUGUUGUGUUGUUGGAUGCAGGAAGCUGGAAAUCUAACGAAAGCCUUGGCGUGGUCAAUGACUCCAAGGACCUCGGGUCAACCCUCGUUUUCAAUUGAGCUGUCGUAUUCAUUACGAGGAAGUGUGUCCCUCUUCGCUGUCCGUCCGCUCAGCUUUAAACAAUUUUUUACAUGACCUAAAGAAGUGAAUGAAAAUCGUGUUUUUUGAGAGGUGACACGGGGAAAUUCCAGUCAUAAGGACGCUCGUCAUGCUUCAGGGAUUUGGACGGAGCGGCCCCACUGAGCUGGACGGGCACGUGCCGAUCACGCGUCUUAAAGAUAAUGAAGACAUCAGGGACUUUUAUGAAAUUGGAAGACAAUUGGGUCGGGGUACCUUCGGAGAGGUUUAUGAAACCACCCAGAUUAAGACACAGUCAAAAUGGGCUAUUAAGAUGGUUCGCAGACCCCCGCCAGGCAGUCCAAAGGUGGAGAUGUUGGAUAACGAAAUAGACAUACUCAGUCAAGUGAAUCAUCCGCACAUCAUACGACUUGAGGCGAUCUACAGUACAGCGAAGAUGAUGUAUUUGGUCACCGAGCUGUGUGAAGGAGGUGACCUGAAGCAGCUGCUGCAGCAGAAAAAGUUCUUCACGGAGAAUGAGACUAGAAAAAUCAUAAACUGUUUGGCUGAUGCUGUUACAUACCUUCAUAUGAGAAACAUUGUGCACCGAGAUUUGAAACUUGAGAACAUUCUUCUGAAAAAUCCUAUAAAUGAGGAGAACAGCGAGAUGGACGUCAAGGUGGCAGACUUUGGAUUAUCGAUAAAGAAAAAAGGUACAGGGAUCGAGAGGAUGAUGAGCGGGACCUGUGGGACGCUCAUCUACAUGGCACCUGAAGUGUUGAGGGGCAAUGAUUAUAGCCAAUGGUGUGAUGCAUGGAGCAUAGGCGUCAUCAUGUUCAUGGUGUUGUGCGGAGAACCUCCAUUUGUUUCCACAACGAGAGAAAACCUUCUCAAGAAGAUUGAGAGCAGAGAUCUUAUAUUUUCCCAAUCCAUUUGGGCCACCAUAAGUGAUGCAGCAAAGUACAUACUGACUAAGCUCCUGGAGGUGGAGCCUGUCUACCGCAUGUCACCUUCUGAUCUGCUGGGCAGCUCGUGGUUUCGAGGUGAUACUACAGUUCCUUCCGGUCCAAACAAUAUUGUGGAGAUGAUGGGGGGCUGCUUGGAAGAUGAAGAGGAUGAGGAAAUGUCAGCUCAAGUCGAUCCAGCAGGAAAGCAGACAGCUGAGGUCUCUCCCCUCACCUCCUCUGAGGUCACCCUGGAGCCAUCCUUGGCCUCCUUGGCCCUUUCAGAUGAAGCAAACAGCAACCAUGGGAGCCAUGCUGAGACUUGCGCUGAAAGAGACAUCAGCCCGUGCAUACCUACCACAUCCACUGCACAGGCUAAAAAUAAUGGGGGCAGACCAGCGCAGGACCAGAACAUCAACAACUCAGUCGGGCUGGAAAAUCCGAAGUUUCACCUGCGUAAAGCCUCAUCCAAACAGCUGAGUGCAAAACCACGCAAUCAUCUGGUCAAGAAGGCGUUUUGUUCUGCACAGAAAUUGACCCCUGACCUGGAUGGGGCAAGUCCUGGAAGGCUCCCCCUUUCCAGUAAAACACAGCUAACUUGUGAAAACCCAAAGAUAAUUUGCACUCCAAGUCCCAUUCAGAGUAAAUUUAGUAAAUAAGAUAAGGGAAAUCUGUAAUGGACGGAAAAUAAGCGGCAAUGAUGAAUGUUUGCAUUACGAUUUGUCAUUCCUUUGACUUUCAUCUUAGCAGAAAUGUGAAAAUAACCACUGUGAAUGUUUCAGCUGUUCUGGGUAAUGAACAGAGCCUCGGUACUGUCUGAGUGUCUGAUAAAGGGACCUUGAGUGUUCGUGUCAAAAAUAGUACAAAGCCCUUGCACCUGAGGCUUCAUUGUUGGCUGCUUUGCCCUGUGCCAAAUUUAAAGAGUCCACUCUGAGGUGUUUGCCAACGUGGGAAAAUGGGGGUGGGGCCUGCUAAACCCACGCCUAAUUGUUCACUUCAAACUUUUUAGGAAAUAAAAGCACUUUAAAUGCAGAUUUAGUCUUUUUACAGAGAAUACAGAGACUGGAUGAGUUUGUCAGGAAAUACUGAUGCUUUUAUCAUACCAUAAGGAUCUAGUUUAGUUGAGUUUCUUGUCUGUUGAAUCAUUAAUGAAAAUUAAGAAGAGACCAAUCGUUAAUGAAACAAUGACUUGUUACCAGCAUUUUUUCACUAUUCCAAUUGUUGCUCUUUGCCUUAAAAUUAAAAAAUAAAAGUUAAAAAGUGACGGCAAAGAUGUUAUAUAUAUUAAAAAAUUCAAAACUUUCA